CUCCCCCUCUCGAAAACCUCUGCCAACCAAAGAAAAACAAAAGAAGAGAAAUCCUCCCGCUCCCGACCGAUCUGAUCUGACCUGAUCUGCAUUGCCUUGCCUUGCCCUGCCUUCUUCUUCUUCUUCCUGUCCAACCAACCGACCGGUUGACCAACCGACCGGUUGACCAACCACCGAUUUCGCCCAAGCAAGCAAAACAGUCUUGCAAGGCAAGCAAUACCAGUCAUGGUGACCACCACCACCACCACCACCAUUCCGGUAUUCGUCAACGAGCGUCGAACCUGGGUAGUGACGAAUAUCAAGCACUAUGUGAGACGCCAGGAUAUUAUCGAUUACAUGGAACAAGAAUAUCCUACCGUGUACGAUGCACGAAGGAAGAAGAAUAUUCAGAAUUAUAAUGUUGAUACUCGACCAAAUGGCACGCAUCGAGUUUGGGCAGCGCGGCUACUUCGAGAUGACGAGGUGAAAUUACUCGAAGAUAAGAAUAAUACGGGGACCAAGUAUGAGGAUGAUGAUGAGGAUGAAGAUUAGAAGGAUGGAAAUUGAUUGCACGUGAAAGUAAUUUGUUUUUCGCCUCCGAAAGGGUAUAUACGGCACCUUACCUAUGCAACGGAGUUAAUUGGAUUGGGGAAUACAGUACACAACGAUGAGAAACGGGGGGCGUGCGUGAAGAAGAAUAAAUGGCUGACGGGUAGGGGGCGACCUCAUGGCUUAUGCAUACACUACAUUAGUGCGGCACUGCGCUGUGCUGUGCUGUGCUGUGCUAUAUGGCGCGCUAAUAAGGAGAGGCCUAGCCUUGCAUGAGCUCGGCUGUAGGAAUAUUAACUUGAGCCACACUUCACUUGAACAAGUAGGAGGUACCAGCUAGGUACCUAGGUACUUCCCUCGUGUAACCUCUACCGUCCCUCAGCUGCUGACGGCUGUGCUCAGAGAAUGUCUCGCCUGACAUCUCACCAAAGAGGCUAUGUUGAUGCAUUCUUCUCGUUCUUAUGAAGCUGCUCAGAAGUAGU